AUGUUUGACCGUUUACGAAGUUCCUCAAAGGAUCAGGGUGCGCCGGCGAUGGAUAGGAAGAAGCUCGAGGCCUGGCAGAAAUCACGCUCUCAAGGCGUAAAAGGAGGAGACGCGCAUUACCAGUAUUCUAUCAAAGGAGGAGCACCUCCGCCCCCGAGGCCGCCGAGAGAUCCCGUCUACCCGACCCAACGCGAGUUGAAGGAUUGGAUGAACAAGUUCGGUCGACUCAAGACGAAAAAGGAGCUGAAGAGGAUCGUAAUCCUCGCACUAUACUCGUCAGAUUCGUCACACAUGUCGCCCUCCUCCUAUUUCUACAUCGCAUUAUUUAAUCUACGAGAUGAUAUGCUAACGUCACAAUACCGCAGUCAGCAAAACCGGCAAAGUCUCAAACCCGCACCCCCCGUACAAGCGCCGAACCAACAUCGCAAUUCGAACUACCCACGUCCCGCAUCCUCCGUCUACUCACAACCUUCGCCGGCCGCCGCUACCUUUGCUGCGCAACAGCUGAGAGUUGAAGUUCCGCCUUAUAAUCAGCCUUAUAAUCCGAACGAAGUUUCCCCACCGAGUUCCCCUGACGCCUUUUCACCACAGGACGAGCCCAAUCCAGGCGAUGUUUCUCCUAUAGACGAUAUACCAGGCAUGUCUCAACUCGCCAUAGACCCCCGGGGUCCCGCAAAGAAUGAAUCUCGCACCAACAUUCCAGCAGCCCGUCGCGAGCGUCGGAAGAACUCAGACGCUGCCAUGAAUGCUCUUCGAGAGGCCAAGUCUCGUGAGAGACUGAAGCAGCAGCGGCCAUAUGGUCACGAUGUUCGCUGGGAUCCGAAUACCGGGGAACCUACUACAGAUACGAAGGGUAGACCAUCGCAAGUAAAUCCGCAACAGUAUGUUCAGGGCCUUGGUGAUCGCCCAGGUUCGGUAUCUCCGCCACCAGCUAAGCCGACUCACCAAAGCCCCAUUUCCUUUGGCGACCGUUUGCGUCGAAUACGACAACCCAGCGGUAGCCCUCAACCCGAAUCAGCCCCACGGCCGGCAUGGCGAGGGGCCAGUGGUCGAACAACUCUCGUUGCACCUGUGAACGACACGGAAGACGUGGCUCCACUACAGUUACCUCGAAAAAGUAGCAAACGAGCCGCCCGGGAGGCUGGUGCUUUAGCUCGUAUUGACUCUGUCGAUUCUGGAAUUACCUCCCAGCCGCAAUCGCCUAGUAUUGCAGUCACGAAUACAAACGCCAAUCCGCAUAUGUAUCCGAGCUCGCCCCUUUCAGACGAUAAUAUGGCCAGUAAUCCUCAGCAAUCUUUGCAAGUCCCAUCGAACGACAAAGCAGUUCGGAGGAAGCCAACAGGAGCCCCCGGCCACCAGCCCCAGCAGUCAACUUCCUCAUCUGUAUACUCCCAACAAGAAAUCCACCCGGCCCAGGCACCACUUCCUAACACGUCCCUAGAAGGUUGGACGCAACCGCCCUCUCGCUUCAGUAUCACCACAUACGCAACAUCAAACCAAUCAACCCAUAGGGAGAGUAUAGAAGAGGACACGCCGCCGGUGCCCGCUCCUUCAGAGCCCUCGAUCCUUGACCGCAAGCGUCCGGUAGUCUCAGGCUAUGAUAACAACUCUCCACAAAAAAGCAUCCCUGCGGAACCUGUCAAGAUUAGUUUAGAUUCAUACUACGUGAUGGGGGCCGGAAGCAAUGUCAAAGGCAACAACAACAACAAACCCAACAUCAAGAACAAAGCCAUCAAUAACAUUAGCCUCCACGACAACAGCUCGAAACUUUCAAUUACAUCGACAAUGGAUAAAUCUCUCCCCCCAGCACCACCCGAGACGCAGUCACUAGAAGCUCAGGAUCGCGUGGCGCAGCUAGACGCACGGUUACGGGCGCUGGGUAAUCGACGUAUUAACCUAAACACUGCGAUCAAGCAGAUGACGGAACUUAUGCCAACGGACCACAUCCUGGCGAGCGAGGCGGUAGCGCGGCGGCGCGAGGAAGAAAAACGCAAAGUGGAGACGCUGCGACUCGAGCUGGCCGAUGUCGAGCGCGAGAGCUAUGAUCUUGGGCUGAAGUUACACCGCGCCUACAAAAGACUCGAUCGCAAUGCUGAAUACGAGCCGACCACGUUGUGGGUGAGGAGGGUUACGGGGUAG